AUGGAGAGAUCAUCCUCAAUGAAACAAUGGAAGAAAGGUCCAGCUCGUGGCAAAGGCGGUCCACAAAACGCACUUUGUAGGUACCGUGGAGUUCGGCAAAGAACAUGGGGAAAGUGGGUGGCUGAGAUCAGAGAGCCCAAGAAGAGGACAAGACUCUGGCUUGGCUCUUUCGCUACUGCUGAAGAAGCAGCCAUGGCUUAUGAUGAAUCCGCGCUGAAACUAUAUGGCCCUGACGCUUAUCUCAACUUACCUCAUCUUCAGCAACGGAAACAAGGGCCUCCUGUGAACAACACUCAGAGGUUUAAAUGGGUGCCUUCAAAGAAGUUUAUCUCCAUGUUUCCUUCGCGUAGUGGCAUGCUUAACGUGAAUGCUCAGCCUAGUCUUCAAACUAUCCAGCAAAGACUAAAUGAGCUCAAGAAAAAUGGACUUCUAUCUCAAUCCUAUCCUUCUAGCCCUUCCUCAUCAACCGAGUCGAAAACUAAUACUACUACUAGCUUUCUUGAUGAAAAGACAAGCAACGGAGCAACAUACAACAUGUUGGAUGGUGGCAAUGAUCAGAAGAAACCAGAGAUGGACCUUAACGAGUUUCUUCAGAAAAUGGGAAUCUUGAAGGAUAAGAGUCAAGCAGAAGCAAGCCAAAUACCAGAGUGUGAUUCCACUCCUCCCUGGAACGAGCAAGAAGAAACUGAAAGUCCUUUUACAGCUCAGAGUGUUAGCUGGGACACGCUCAUUGAGCUGCCAGGAAGUGAAACAUCAGCUAUGUGUUACGACUCCAGCAAUCUCGGAAGCUAUGAUGAUUUGGAGGAUGAUCUAGGCUUCCCUUCCAUCUGGAACUUCUCUGGAAUCUUAGAUGACUGA